AUGGCUGCCAGUCAGGGACGAAUGCUCUCCAUAUUUUUUGUUUAUUUGGUUUUGUUCCUGCUCAAUACUCAAUCAAAAUGUAAAGGGGCUGUUUUUAAACGAUUGUUUUUGCGAAAUAUUGAUGGAUUGCUCGACGAUGGUUGUCCUGCUUGGAGUUAUUUACAAUUUAUUCAGCUACGGGUUGGUUACAAGCGGGAGUUGCUGCCAUCCAAAUAUGGAGCGUCGCUUCCCGUUUAUAAAAGUACUAAGCACGGCAUGGUCUGUUUAUCUCUACCAGCUAGUUUGUUUGUUAUGGAUCUAACGAUAUAUGUUGACAUAUCCCGUAAUCCUGGACCUUCUCAAGAGUUUAUUCAUCGGCAAAGUAUGCCUUCUUUCUCAAAUUCACCUCGGUCAUGCCUCGAUGCCCAUACUGCUAAACAGAAGCUAAAUUAUUCUAUAGAAAUGUUGAGUUCAAGUUCCGUUUUUCAACCUUUUAACGACGUUGUUCUGAACCCACCUAACAUAUCUGUGAAUAUCCCAAUCCGUGUUACUAACAGA